CUCAACAUCACCUAUUUUAACACUUGAGGAAGUCAGGAUUCACGACGGGUAGUAAGUUCAUUGACCUCAUCGGCCUUUUAUUCCUCGGACUACACUCAACAUGACUAAGAUCAAGGCCCACGAGCUUCGAGGCAAGAAGAAGGAGGAGCUUGAGGACCAGCUCAAACAGCUCAAGCAAGAACUGUCCCAGCUCAGGGUCGCUAAGGUCACUGGAGGACAGGCCUCAAAGCUCUGCAAAAUCCGGGUGGUUCGGAAAGGCAUUGCCCGUGUGUUAACAGUCAUCCAUGAGACGCAGAAGGACAACCUGCGCAAGUUCUACAAGGACACGAAGUACAAGCCACUGGACCUGCGCAGGAAGCUGACCAGAGCCAAGCGCCGAGCCCUCUCCAAGACCGACCUGAAGAGAAAGAACAAGAAGCAACAACGCAAGGAGCGCCUGUACCCAAUGCGCAAGUAUGCUGUGCGGGAAUAAGUGGCAACUGGACACACCCGGAACUGUACAGAUCAUGCUAUAAAUGAAAGUAGUCUUCAAGGAUCCUGAAACCCAAUCCAACGGAAAAUGCUUCAAAUUUAACCGCCAGUGUUAAAACAUAAAAUCACUGUUGAAAAAGUGAUGCAUAUUCGAUGCCAAGAGUGAAAAUGGGAAAAUAAAAUGUUCAAGUAACAUCA